AGAAAGACUGAGUGAUUUCAUGUAGGAGUGCGCCGCCUAGCGUUCACCCGCAACCUUUAGCGAUAAGUGACACUCUGGGAGGGGAAGCAGAACAAACUGUAAGCUGCUGGCGGAUCCAUCUUGCUCGAAAAAGAGACGAGGGUGAAAGCUUUUUCCAGUUUAGUACCUAAAAGACUGCGUCGAUCCCUAUUAAUCGCACUGGGGAGCCCGAGGAGGGGCUGUGUCGCUGUUUGUAGGAUGUCCCGACAUGAGGGUGUGAGCUGUGAUGCGUGUUUAAAAGGGAACUUCAGAGGAAGACGGUUCAAGUGUUUAAUUUGCUACGACUACGACCUGUGCGCGUCGUGCUACGAGAGUGGCGCCACGACGACAAGGCACACGACAGAGCACCCCAUGCAGUGUAUAUUAACCAGGGUAGACUAUGACUUGUAUUAUGGUGGAGACACUUUUUCAGUAGAGCAACCCCAGUCAUUCACAUGUCCUUACUGUGGCAAAAUGGGCUACACAGAGACGUCCCUACAGGAGCAUGUCACCUCUGAACAUGCAGAGACUUCCACAGAGGUGAUCUGUCCAAUAUGUGCUGCCUUGCCAGGGGGGGAUCCCAACCACGUCACAGACGACUUCACAGCUCACCUCACACUUGAACACAGAGCGCCAAGAGAUUUAGAUGAGUCCAGCAGUGUUCGACAUGUACGCAGGAUGUUCCACCCUGGUCGAGGGCUGGGCGGUCCCAGAGCACGGCGGACAAAUAUGCACUUUACUAGCGGCUCCACGGGGGGACUUUCAUCCUCCUCAUCCCAGAGCUCCACUUACACCCCCAGUAACAGAGAAGCAAUGGACCCCAUCGCAGAGUUGUUGUCUCAGCUGUCAGGUGUGCGGCGUGCAGCGGGGGGCCAGAUAAACUCAUCAGGGCCUUCAGCCUCUCAGCUCCAACAGCUCCAGAUGCAGCUGCAGUUGGAGCGGCAGCAGGCGCAGGCGGCACGACAGCAAGUGGAGACAGGCCGGCACGCCACACGACGCAGCAACAACCCCGGCAACACUGGCACCGCCAUCCCUCCGCCCAGCACAGCAACCGCCAACACUGCCACCGUGGGCGAAAGCAACCCCUCGUCCUCAUCCCACAGCUCCCAGUUCCUAUUAGCACGGUUGAAUGAACCUAAGAUGUCUGAAGCAGAGCGCCAGUUUCUAGAAGGAGAGCGCGCCGACCGCAGCCUGUUCGUCCAGGAGCUGCUCCUCUCCACGCUGAUGCACGAGGAGAGCUCCUCCUCGGACGAGGACGAGCGCCGAGACUUCGCAGACUUCGGCGCGAUGGGCUGCGUGGAUAUCAUGCCUUUAGAUGUGGCGCUGGAGAACCUCCAGCUCAGAGAGAGCAGCUCUACGGGGAAGGAGCCUCCGCCGCCUCCUCUUUGAUGUCCGAGCAUCAAGCAGACUGUGCCCUCUCUGCUGCAACUGUCAGUGAUGGGCAGCAAACAGCAGCAGUCCCUCACCCCUGUCCUCCCCCUCCCCAACCCCAUCUCUCUUCUCCCCUCCCACCUCUAUUUUCUGAGUUUGUUUUUGGUGAUUGUAAUUUCAGGCCUGUCACCAUUUUUGUUACAUUGUAAACAAAAAUAAAUGAGAGCAAGUGGGAUAAAUGUGCGAGUGCGCUAAAGCAACUGAGUGAGCGAGCGAGAGAAGAGAAAUCUAUAAAUAUAUAUAAGAUAUAUAUGAAGUUGAUAAUCAAUCCACAUAACUUUUCUUUUCUUUAUCAGGUAAAUGUUACAGGCAGCUGUGGCACACCUUCGCUUCCUGUGACAUGCAAACGGCUCUCCGUAUAAAUACUCCACAUUCAAAAAGUCAAAGAGGGCAUCUCUGAGGCUCCUCUGAUCAAGCUGCUGUGUGUGUUCAUGACUAUUACUAAAUAAAAAGUGCUUGGAUGGGUUACCAUAACUACUGCAUGCAGUUAUUUGCAGCGUGCAUGACUUUUAAUGACCCUGUUGUCAUUAAAACUUUUUUUUUUUUUUAAAGAUCCCAAAGCUUUCAACUGUAAAAUCUAAAACAUGGUUAGGUCUUGAUAACUUCACCAAAACUGACCUGCAGAAAUUUGACUCAAUAUGUUUUAUUAGUUUGAGUGUUUGUGGGGGUUUUUUUGAGUGGAGGAGAGAAACAAAUAUUCAACUGUAGCUUCUGCUGAAAUACUGCUAUGUGUGUGUGAGUCUCCGCUCCAGAUUGCCUUUUCAUUAAUCAGAUGAAAACUAAGAACAGAGGAAAAGAAUUUGCCACAGAUUUCUCUCAAUGUUUAGUGAUAUUUAGACACAGUACACAUCAUUUAUAGAUAAGUCCAGAUGCUCGACUUCACUGUCUGUGGGUCUUUGUCGCUCGUUUCUAGCAUCAGACCACAUGCUUUGGAUGGAUUGUUUGAUUUUUGCAGGAUAACUGAGCUCAAGAACUUCCACACUGCAGUUUUUGUUUUUUUGUUUGUUCUAUAAGAAGGUAUUCUUUUUUUUUUCUGCUAAGGUUAGCACUUUCUAUUUAUUCAUGUUUUUCUUUCUGAUUCUUUUGAGCCUUUAAUCUGAAAAAAAUGCCACCUUCAUGCCUAUACUUUUACCCUCUAUGUAAGAUACAAUGAGAUGUAUAUGGAAUUUGUGCGUUAACUUUCAUAAUGGUUCUAAGACAUGGGCAGACACUUUUUUUUAAAUCUGUAAAUUUAGAAUACAAUAAAUACAAACUGCGCACAGCUUUUGAUGAAACCAAGAGACCAUCA